AGACAAAGAGAGAGAGAGAGAAAGACAGACAGAGGAGAAAAGACAAUGAUGGAAAAAGGGGAAGGAGGAGAAAGGAAUGGUCCUCCCUGCGCCUGCGGUGUGGACAUUUCAGUGUUACCAGAGGGAUGCAUAUCGGACAUAGUAGCGUUGACCACUCCUAAGGAUGCCUGCAGAUCUUGUGCGGUUUCUUCUAUAUUCCGUGCGGCUGCAGAGUCGAACGCUGUCUGGGAGAGCUUCUUGCCGUCCGAUUAUCAGGCCAUCAUUGCUCAAUCAUCAUCAUCAUCGGAUUUCUUGAAUCUCUCUUCUAAGAAACAGCUCUACCUCAGUCUCUCCGAUAAUCCCAUCUUAAUCGACGGCAAUAAAAAGAGCUUUUUCUUGGACAAAUUGAGUGGUAAGAAAUGUUACCUUCUUCCUGCAAGGGAGCUGACCAUUGCAUGGGGUGACGAUCCUCGAUAUUGGAGAUGGGUUUCUCUACCUGAAUCCAGGUUCCCAGAGGUAGCUGAACUUCAUUCAGUGUGUUGGUUUGACAUCAAUGGCAAGAUGAGUGUUUCCAUGCUAUCUCCGAAAACAAACUAUGCCGCUUACCUUGUGUACAAGUUGACGGAGGAAGCCUAUGGGUUUGAUGACCCUCCUCCAACGGCUUCAAUUGGAACUUCUGGAGCAGGUGAAGUUUAUGAACAGAUUGUUAGUCUGGACCUGCCUAUCGUGGAGCCAGGCCAGGAAGACCAGGUUGUACUACCGCAGCAGCAGCACACUUCACGUCCCAAACUGAGAAAUGAUGGGUGGUUAGAGAUUGAGUUGGGUCAGUUUUUUAAUGAGGGAGGAGAAGAUGAACUGCAGUUUGGACUUAAGGAGGUAAGAGAUCUUUGGGGUAAGUCUGGUCUCAUUGUUGAAGGGAUCGAGGUCAGGCCAACAAGAGGUUAAUAAAAUUUGUGCUUUAUCAUCACUAUGUAGCAUUAAUAAACUUUGUGUGUUAUCAUCAUUAUAUUGUGUCAAUACUACGUUAUUGAUGUACUGUCAAAUUUAUAUUGUGUUAGUAUUCUGCUUUAUGGACAAAUUGUGAACAUCUAAACUACAAGCUUACCGGUAAAACCAACUUUUUUCA